GGAAAGUCAACUCGAACGCAUCUGAACUGUGGCAAGUAAUCAUGCGUCGCAUCGCCAACCCCAUGGAGAACGCCGCUGCCGGCGAGAGGGAGGCCAAGCGGACUCAAAUCAUGCGCGCGAUCCUUCAGAAGGCAUUGGAUGCAUCUGUUCACAAAGCUAGUCUCAUCGAUAUGUCGUCACCGGAACUUGAAGCGAACGGGCGUCAAGUGAUCCUCGGAAUUCGACAACGAAUAGAGGCUGAGAUUGAAUCGCUCAGUGCAAAGUAUGACCUAAAUUCAAAGUUUCUCGAGCUGGAGAGACUCCUGGAGUGGCAUGAAAAGUCUCAAAUCGGCCAAGAAGUCGGCCUCACAGCACCGCUCGAGAUUGCCGCCGCUCCGCAAGCAACACCCCAGCAACUGAUGCAGAAGGAACGCAUGAGGUUAAUGAUGCAAGAAAAAGCUCGGUUGCAGCAGCAGCUACAACAAGUACAGGAUGCCAACGCUACGCUCCAAGCAACAAUGCACGACACGGAAUCUACAUGCACGUCUUUGCUCGACGACGUUCAACGAGAUUUUAACACCCUUGGCGCGGUGUAACAUCAUAUCUGUCGUCUGCUUCUUCACUUAUCAACACCCGACUUUUCUUACUUGCCCAGCACACGUAAGGCAUACAUUGAGCACUUGUAUCUUUGUAAUCGCACGUAGUAAAGCCUUGACGCUCCCAUACUAUUUCAUUCGCCUUCCCUCAGUGUCAGCGCAACCACUAUGGCCUUCACGGCACUGCAGCUCGUUUUUACUUCGAUGACCUCACCAUGAUUGCAUGAGGUCGCUCAGGCCAAUCCAUGCAGGGGCGGUGUGCCUAGUCUGGACCACAGAUGAGGAGCACCUGGGAGUCGUCUCCGGCGAAGGACGUCGUUC